ACUCAAAAACCUUUUUUUUCAUAUGUAAAAUUUCCCCAAAUUUAUACGAGCUCUUCCACAAAUUCAUUCUAGAUACUCCUUAGAUUACUAUCUAUCAAGUAUCUUUCUUAAUCUGCUGCGAAAUCUGUCAAGUGUUUUGCAUCUUGUAUAAUUCAUCCCUCCAUUAUAUUCUUCAAAGAUCCGAAAUUUAAUUUUACUCUUUUUCUACUUGCAGCUAUGCGAUCAUGAGAGAAAACAAUCACAGUGCUAAAUCCGUCUCGAUUUUCAAGAGAAUAUUGGCGAAUUGUUCAGCUCAGGCAAAGGAAUAUGGUGGUUGUGUUGCUGCAAAGGUUCCAGAAGUUGAACGGGACAUGUGCUUGAAAGAAUUUGUUGAAUUACGACACUGCAUGCAGAAUGUGCUAAGAAGGAAGGUUUAAGCUGCAAACAAUUUCUCACAAGUGUAAAAGUGGCAUAGGUGUUCAGACUUUGGAAUUCCUUACUUUGUGUAGAGAAGGUUCCAAACUUUUAGAACAUAAGCAGGAAAUAUGUCUGAAAAAACGUCUUGUUCUCAUCCUCCUGGUUUUGGUGGUUCUGGUUCCCUGUCGCAUGUUCAUAUUGAUUACCCUCCUCUAAGAUGCCAAGUACCCGGAGCAGACAAGCUAUAUUAUGAUGAUGGGACCAAGCAACUAUUUGCUUCUACGUCUGGCCGGGUCUUCUCAUGGAAAGUAUCUCCUUUUAACCCUCAUGUUGCUCCUACCUCUGAAGCAAUUGGAGUAGGGCCAGUAUUGUCAAUUCGAUAUUCUUUAGAUUCAAAGCUUUUGGCUAUCCAAAGAUCUGCACAUGAGGUUCAAAUAUUGAACAGAGAAGCUGGGGAUAUUCAUAUUCAAAAGUGCAGACCUGAGUCAGAAAGUAUUUUAGGGAUCUUUUGGACAGAUUGCCCAACAUGUGAUAUUGUCUUUGUUAAAACUAGUGGAUUGGACUUAUUCUCUUAUAAUUUUGAAUCAAAAUCUCUUCAUUUGGUUGAGUCGAAGAGACUGACUGUGAGUUGGUAUGUCUACACACACGAGAGUAGACUAGUACUUCUUGCUUCAGGGAUGCAGUGCAAGACUUUUAAGGGAUAUCAGUUUUCUUCUAUGGGAAUAAUCCGCUUGCCAAGAUUUGAAAUGAUAAUGGCAAAGUCUGAGUCUAAUAAUGUUCCUAUCCUUGCUGCAGAAGAUGUGCAUGUUAUCACUGUUUAUGGUAGGAUUUACUGUCUGCAAGUAGAUAGAGUAGCAAUGCUGCUGCACUUAUACAGGUUUUAUCGGGAUGCUGUCAUACCACAGGGCUCUUUCCCCUUUUAUUCCAAAAGAGUUGCUGUGAAUGUGGUUGACAAUGUAUUGCUUGUUCAUCAAAUGGAUGCUAAAGUUGUGAUCAUAUAUGACCUAUUUAUGGGCUCUCACGCACCAGUGUCUUCACCGCUUCCACUAUUGAUGAGAGGUUCACUAAAAAGUACUGAUGCAACCUCUCAGUCGAUGUGCCAAAAUUCCCAAGCCUCAGAAGCAAAAGGCUUGAGUGAUGCUGACACAAUUAUGUAUGGCGAUGCUUGGACUUUUCUUGUUCCUGAUCUUAUAUGCGAUACACGUAACGGAUUGUUGUGGAAAAUCUACUUAGAUCUAGAUGCCAUUUCUGCCAGCAGCUCUGAAGUGCAACUAGUCCUAGAAUUUUUACAAAGAAGGAAAUUAGAAGCAGGAAAGGCUAAACAGUUGUGUCUAUCAAUUACUCGCACCAUUAUUCUUGAACGACGGCCUGUACCAGUGGUUGCCAGAGCAGUAGAUGUCUUAGUCACCUCUUUCACCUCCUUGCUAAAAACUGGUAAUCAUGAGAAGGGGUCUAAGGCAGAGAAAGCUUCUCAUUCUGGCAAUUCUAACACCACAGCAGCUGUUGACAAAAACACAAAAACAGCAAAAGAUGAAACCACAAGCUUCAUGCAGCAAAAAUCUGCUCAUAGGCCUUUUCCUGGUUCAGGAUCUGAUGAUCAUGAUAGCUAUGGAAAACAGCAAAGUGAAUUCCAAGAUCUUGAAUCUUCAACUUCGGGGCCCCCCCAAGUGAGUUCAUCAGUGGUUAAGCCUCAAAAUGUUGGGACGAGUAGCACCCCUUUAAACGCCAAUGUCCCUGAACAACAUAUAUCUCAUGAGACUUCGGCUGCAAUUUCGUUAGAUGAUCUAUAUAGUUUUGUGCUUUCUUCAGUUGAGGAAGAGAUGACCGGAGAUGCUUCAUACUUGGUUGCUAUUAUCAUUGAAAUCCUUCGCAGUGCUAAUUCUGAAAAACUAAAAGUACCUUCAAAUAUUUACUGUUUGAUGAUACAAUUGCUUGCACGGAAUGAGCGUUAUGCAGAAGUUGGAUUAUUCAACAUGAAUAAGAUUAUUGAACCUUCAAAGGAAGUUGCAAUGCAAUUGUUAGAAUCAGGUCAAAGGAAUUUCCAAACAAGGAAGUUGGGCCUAGAUAUGCUCCGGGAGCUCCAACUACAUCAUGACUAUGUCUUGCAACAUGUGCAAGAUGGAUACUAUCUUGAAGCUUUACGUUAUGCUCGGAAAAAGAAGGUUAAUACGGUGCGCCCUUCGUUGUUUCUUGAGGCAGCUCAUGCUUCUAAUAAUUCCCAGCACUUGGCUGCAGUGCUGAGAUUUUUCUCCGACUUCAUCCCAAGCUUCAAGAGCUCAGCUGACCACCAAGCAUACACCCGUCUUCUUGCUAAUAUGAGCGCACCAAUUGCUCGUCAUCAUGGUGACCGGCUUUUGACGUAAAGACCCCUGUCCCGGUCUCGGGUUUCUCACUCCGUUUCACCGGUGAGUCAAAACAUGUUUAAUACUUGGUGCCAAUGUUUCUCUUACUUGCUGUUAAGUUUGUAUCUCUGCAAUGUUACUCAAAGUGUUCUAGUUUUAAGAAGGUUAAUAAUUGGAUUGCUCAUGCAUUUGGAGUAACCAAAUAAUUUGGAGAUGCUCAGGAGUGUGUUGGGCAGUUCAUGUAAUUUUAUUUUCUAAAAAUAGUAUGUGGACGAUUGAUUUUGAACAAACGAAAAUUUAAAAAAAAUGAUAAUUGUAUGG